AUGAGUUGUAUAUUUUCAGAAGUUCUGCAGCAGCGAGAUGUUCUGGAACAAUUGAAAAAUGAAGACUUCGAUUUGGCAAUUACUGAAGUAGUUGAUGGGUGUGCUUAUGCAAUCUUCGAGCACAUCCAAGUUCGAGCCCAUAUCACAGUACUCUCAUGUUCUCGUUUCGAUCAUGUUAGUGAUGUUUUAGGACAACCAAUAGCACCCAGUUAUGUUCCGAGCACACAGUCAUUUUUCAAUGAUAAAAUGAACAUCAAAGAACGGUUUCUGAAUGCUGUAACAUUCUACUUUGGAAGAUACACUUUUGCAAAUAUUUUAGAUAAAGAGUUUGAAAUGGCCAAAGAAAUUCUGGGAAUCAAAAGAUCGUGGAGAGAAACCAUGCCAGAAUCCUCGUUCAUCUUCUCCAAUCGCAUCCCUGUUCUCGAUUUCCCUGCUCCAACAUUUGAUAAAAUUAUUCCAAUCGGUGGCUUCACUGUGAAGAUGAAUGAAAAAGUUUUGAAAUUGGAUGAUAAAUGGGAUGAAAUUCUAAAUAGAAGAAAGAAGAAUGUACUGAUUUCCUUCGGAUCCAAUUCCAAAUCAAAGGACAUGCCUGAAGAGUACAAGCAAAGUUUCCUCCGUGUAUUCAAAUCGAUGCCAGACACAACAUUCAUCUGGAAAUAUGAAGAUCCAUCAGAAAAUAUUGCUCAAGGAUUCGAGAACGUAUACAUUUCGUCUUGGCUUCCACAGAAUGAGCUCCUUGCGGACUCGAGAGUCACUUUGUUUUUGACACAUGGAGGAUUGGCAAGUGUCAUGGAAUUAGCGUUAAUGGGGAAACCUUCGGUUAUGGUUCCAAUAUUUGCUGAUCAAGGUCGAAAUGCCCAAAUGUUGAAACGACAUGGUGGAGCUGCGGUUCUUCAGAAAACAGAUUUGGCUGACUCAGAUUUGGUUCGACGAACUAUUCAAGAAGUUCUGAAUGAUCCGAGGUUCUUGAAAAACGCUGAGACACUAUCAGAAAUGUUGAAAAAUCAGCCAACAAACGCGAAGGAAGUUCUUGUGAAACACGUGGAAUUCGCUGCAAGAUUUGGAAAGUUGCCAUCGUUGGAUAACCACGGAAGACAUCAAAGUUUCGUUGUUUACUACUUUCUGGAUAUUAUUUCAUUGUUGAUUUCAGUCGUUGUUAUAAUUGUUUAUGUUGUUGUCAAGUUAUUCAAACGCAUGUUCAUUAGAAAUAAGAGUCAGAAAAGCAAAUCAGAAUAA